AUGCUCGCCUCAGCGGAGCAGGACUCUCGCAAGCAGCUUCUCGAUCAACUGUCCAAGUCUCAACGAGCUCGGUGCGUUCCUCUGCUGAAAAACGGACAGGGGAGCACCUUGCGUCCAAAUCCAUCCUUGCAGUUCCUAGCCUCCUUAGAGGCUAACCCGAGCUCGCCGUCACCGUCUCCACACACGCCCAAGAGUAGCCACAGCUCAGCAGAUGCCAGCACGCAUGUGCCGGCCACACGGAAAAGUCGGAGUUUGCCCGGGCAGGUGCUUGCUUCGACAAACUCUCGAACCUGCGCGGCUGCCACCCACUUCCGGGCUUCCUUCAAAACACCCACGGCCUCGCCCGUUGGCAAGGGUCCAGCGGCUCCGCGCGAGCGAAAGCCGGAGCCCAGCUCGGAGAAGCCAAGUCUCAGGUCGGUUCCACGCUUGCCCGGCCGAGUCCUCGAAGACACGCAGUCGAGAACGUGUGCAGCAGCGCAUCUCCCACAUCAAGAUGUGCCUCCGGCGAGGUCUUCUCAAAGCCAGGCACUCCGACGAUCUCCACGGGAUUGGCAGCCGAAGGUCCUCCCCCCAAAGGAGAAGGAGAAGACCACCUCGGCCUGGAAGCCAGAGAGCCCAAGGUCCGGCCAGCGCCCUGCCUCCCCAGAUCGCGCAGCAUGGAUGCAGCGCCCGCAACGGCGACCCGCAUCGCCCUCGCCAGAGCGGCUCCCGCGGCCCACGCAGCCAAAAGCGGAAAGAUCUCAGAGCCAGGGCGAGAUGAGACAGCACGUUGAAGUGAAGUCGCCGCCUCAAAACGAGGUAAGACUUCAGAGCCUCGCAGAGGCAAGGUAUCAGAGGAGGACGAGGCUUUCAGGUCACGAAAGCCCAGGGCAGUCUACCCCAAUCCGGCCGGAUGCACCGAUUCCGCCGCAUCCGGUGGCUGCGCCCCAGCCCCAACCGGAGGUUCGGAUUCCUGUCAUCUCUGUGGAUCUCGGGGGCUACGCCAGCUCCAUCCGCGUGGGAACGCCGACCGUUCCGCCUCCAAGUGGUCACAGCCUGCCUUCUUGGGCAACCACCGACGCAGGCCUCAGUCCGUUUCACAAGAAGCUCGCCCACUUCGCAGCCGAGAAGAUCCAACGUGCUUGGCGCCGCUGGUGGCUGUGUAAUUGCAGCUGCUUCGGGCCCCAAGGGCUCCGCGCGCUGCGGGCAUCCAUUGUUUUUGUGCAGCGCUGGUGGCGCGACAUUCUUUUCCGCAAGCUGAUGAGACGACAGGUCGCCAAAGUUUGGCGAGGGAUCUUCCUUCGUGCCCAGCUUCUCCGCUCAUCGGCAAACAGGCUGCAGCGUGGCUGGCGCAUGCACCUGACUGUUCGAUGGCGGCUUCGCUUGCGGCAAGCCGCAGAGGAAAUCCAACGAGCAUGGCGUUGUCACAUGGUUUGCGUGCGGCAAAGGCAGAAGCGCACAGCGCUUCAGCAGCUGAGAUCCUUUGCAGCCAGGAAGAAUGCAGCGAGUUUCGUGCUCCGUGCCAUGAAGAGGUUCUGCCAGGUCCAGCGCGAAGCUGCCAUUUGUUUGCAGAGCCACUGGCGUGGGCUGCAGAUCCGCCGCCGCUUCGCCGACGACCGUGACCAGUUGCUGCGUGCGCGGGACCGGCGCGAGAUCAUUCGGAGAAAGGUUGCUGUGGCGGCCAUGGCGGCCGUGGGCUGCACGGCCUUCGUGACCGCGCCUAGCACCGCACGCAGUUCCCCCGCGUUGCGCAGCGCCCAUGGCCAGGCAAAGGCCUCGUCAGCCUCUUCCGGCACUGGCCUGGCCCUUUGUGGCCUCGGUCUCGGUGCUGCAGCCGUCCUCGCUCCUGGUAAGAAGGAGCGGUCAGCGCGGUCAGCGCUCCGCGCUUUUGAGACGGAGCUCGGGGUGCAGCCUCCGGCCGGGUUCUGGGAUCCUCUAGGCUUCACCAAGGGCGGCGAUGCGGCUUCCUUCCGCCGCCGAAGAUAUGUGGAGUUGAAGCACGGGCGUGUGGCAAUGUUGGCAUGCAUGGGAUAUAUUGUCCCUGAGUACUACCGUUGGCCAGGCGAUCUCUCUCCCUCCCUGGGUCUGAAGUUCACGGAUGUCCCCACUGGCUUCGCCGCCUUCUCCAAGGUGCCUCUGAGUGGCUGGGCUCAGAUGGUGGCUUUCGCAGGCAGCGUGGAGCUCUUCCAGUAUGUCGACGAUCCCAAGCGUGCCCCGGGCGACUUCGAAAACGCGGGUCUCCUUGGCAUCCCCAAUGGCUUCAUGAAGGCUCCGGAGGGUCAGAAGGAAAAGAAGCUGGCUGCCGAGAUCGCAAACGGCAGGCUGGCCAUGAUGGCUAUCAUUGGCAUGUUCUUCCAAAACGGACUGACUGGACAGGCAUGGGGUGACUGGUCUCUCUACACUGACUCCCCGCUGCGUGCACUGUCGCCAGCGCAGGAGAUCAUCGCCGGGACGGGUGGUCCUCUCCCUGACAACUUCUGGGAUCCGGCAGGCAUCACCAAUGGCAAGACCGAGAAGGAGAUCGCAAUGCUCAGGGCCAUGGAGCUGAAGCACGGUCGUGUGGCAAUGCUCGCAGUGCUCCACUGGUUCCACGUGGCUGCGGGUUACCACCUCUUGGGUGAUUAUGCCAUCGGCGAGAGGAUGAGCAACGACCCCCUCGUCAGCUUGACCCAGCUCCCCAUGGGAGGCAUGUGGCAGGUGAUCUUCACCAUCAUGUGCUUGGAGUGGCUGACCACCUACAUCUGCAAGCCCCCUGAGGACCGCCCUUGGGACGUGCUCGGGUGGAAGGGAAUCAUCGACGAGGACUACCCUUCCGAGAUCUGGAACGGAUGGAAGCGGGUCCAGUGCCAGGAGCUGAACAACAGCCGCCUUGCCAUGGUGGCCAUCACCGGACUCGUCGCACAGGACGUCGUCACCGGUGACUACGUCGCAGGUGUCGGCAAGCUUUGCGGCGGGGCGGAGGUGUGCAACCAGCCCAUUGACUAUUCUCCUUGGCAGAACCUCCCUCCCAUCGACGAUUUCGUGGCCAAUGCACCUUCUUGGGCCAAUGGACCAGCUCUCUACGGUGCUCAGCUUCUGGAGGGCAGGGCCUCAAAGGCUCCGACACAUCCGAGCCUGCCACCUCGGAUCUCUGGGCCCGGCAUAGUGGAGUCGGGCACCUCCGAGAAGCCAGCCAGCAACACCCCUUCAGCAACACCGCGUGACGGACGCAUGCAGUCGCGGAGCAAGCGACUCUCCCUAGGCAGCAAAGAGCCUCCAGCCGCCGGCGGGCCUCGCACUCACUCGGCGCAAGCUCCUGCAGGAUCCAUCUCCAUGGCUAAGUUUUUGGCUUCGCAGAACGCACUCUCUUCGUCCUUCCGAAGCUCUGCAACUGUGGACGUGUCAGUGAUCCUGCGCAGCCUUCUGUCCCGUGGCCUCCUGUCCAGCCGACCGCACAGCUCGCCCUUCUCUGCAGAGCUGGGUCGCAGUUCGGAUCUCGAGGCCAUUCACAAGUGGCUCGCAAGUGCUAUGCCCACCCUCCGAAUCCGCUGUGUGCUGCGUGUGGAGUGCAGUGGAGCGGCAGCUGCAGCAUACAGCAGUGUUUCCUCCACCCUGGGGCCAGAGAGACUGCUUUGGCAUGGAACGUCCUGGGACUGCGUGGGGAACAUUGCCCAGAACGGUUUCAAUCGUGGCUACAGCGGGCGACAUGGAUCAAAGUUGGGACGAGGCAGUUACUUUGCAGAAGAGCCAGCCUUUGCCUUGCGCUUCUGCGGGCGUCGCGAGCCCAAGGCAAUCUUCCUGGCAGGCUCCAGCUACCACGCAAGGGGUCAAUUUUCGACCGGCCGUGUCAAAGACACGGAGCGGAUCGGCCCAGGCAACAUCCGUUCUGCUCUCGCUCCGGUAGGCUAUCCAGAGACCACUUUGACACCACCAUCUUUCCUUCAUCCUGAUGCGAUUCCGGACCUUUUUGAAGCCUCUUGCAGCACAAGUUCCGGCUCUCUCGGGCUGCUGAUGGAUGCCACGGAUCCAUCGUGCUUGAUUGUAAAGACGAUUGAACGACGAGGGGCCAUUCCUGAGUGGAACGAGGUCGCUCCCGAAGGAAAGCGGGUAAGCAAAUAUGACCGAGUUACGGAGGUCAACGGCGAAGGUGGCGAGAGCGAAGAGUUGAUGGAGCGUUUGCUCAGCUUAGACCUCACGCUGUUUACCAUCACCGUCCAAAGACCGGAGGCGCGGCUCGUGAAAUUGCAUUUGCCCGGCGACACCGGCAUGAGCGUGGACUGUGAGAAGGCAAAAUCUGCGGUGCCUUGGAUCAGUCGGAUCUCCAAUGGGUUGCUGAAGAGCUGGAAUGAGGACAUGCCGGAGCAGUCGGUUGCAGUCCACGAUCGAAUCGUCUCCGUGAACGGAUGCGCCGGCUCGAGCGAGCUCAUCCUGGAUCGGUUGGCAUUGGCAGAGAAGACGAUCGAACUCCUGGUGCUGCACUACGCCAUUGAAUCCUGA